AUGGCUCAAAGAGAGAGCCGAGAAGACACCGCGUAUGUGGAAGUGUUGGAUCCCAACCGACAAAUGAGUGAUGAGUUGUUUGCCGAAGAGAUGGGAGGAGCGGUUGCGGCCAAAGAGUUCCCCUUCCGGUUGGACUCGUUUCAGAUGCAAGCGAUCAUCCAUUUGGAGAGACGGGACAAUGUGUUGGUGUCGGCGCACACGUCGGCCGGCAAGACAGUGGUCGCCGACUAUGCCAUUGCUAUGGCCUUCCGGUCGCACUCGCGAGUCAUCUACACGUUCCCUCCCCCUCCGCCGCACACAUCAUUCACAUUCACCGACCGAUACAACCAGUCCUCCAGAGCCAGGUUCACGAAAAUAUCAGUCGACUUGGAGUACACAACACAACAAUCACUCAACACAUGA